AAGAAGCCUUGGGCUAGUGGAAGAAGGGGGAUCCGGAGAAAAGGCAGCCCUACAGCUGUAACAGAGGGCAGAGGUUAAAUCUGUUGGCAUUUUUAUCGCAAGUAUGGUCACUGCGUAUCCUCUCCCUGAAGGCUUCACUGAAUUAGAGGUGUUUGCCAUCGGCACUGCCCUGCUGGUAGAAGCCCUGCUUGGCUUCUGUCUGAAUGGCUUGACAAUUAUUUCUUUCCGAAAAAUCAAAGAACUCCGAACACCCAGCAAUCUGCUGGUUCUCAGCAUCGCACUGGCUGACUGUGGGAUCUGCAUCAAUGCAUUCAUCGCUGCCUUUUCCAGUUUCCUAAGAUACUGGCCCUACGGCUCUGACGGCUGUCAAAUUCAUGGAUUCCAGGGCUUCUUGACAGCACUAGCCAGCAUUAGCUCCAGCGCUGCAGUCGCCUGGGACCGAUAUCAUCACUACUGUACAAGGAGCAAGAUGCAGUGGAGCACGGCCGUCUCCAUGAUGGUGUUUGCGUGGCUGUUUGCUGCCUUUUGGUCCGUGAUGCCCUUGCUGGGGUGGGGGGAAUACGACUACGAACCCCUCCGAACCUGCUGCACCCUGGACUACAGCAAAGGGGACAGAAACUAUAUCACGUUCCUUUUUGCUCUGUCCAUUUUCAAUUUCAUGAUCCCGGGCUUCAUCAUGCUGACGGCCUAUCAGUCCGUACACCAGAAGUUCAAGAAAAGUGGGCACUAUAAGUUUAAUACCGGUUUACCAUUGAAGACGCUGGUUAUUUGCUGGGGUCCCUAUUGCCUUUUAUGCUUUUACGCAGCAGUUGAAAAUGUGAUGUUCAUUUCACCAAAAUACCGCAUGAUUCCUGCUGUUAUUGCCAAGACUGUGCCAACAGUGGAUGCCUUUGUAUAUGCCCUGGGGAAUGAGAACUACAGAGGAGGAAUAUGGCAGUUCCUCACAGGACAGAAGAUUGAGAAAGCAGAGGUUGAUAACAAAACUAAAUAACCCAUUACGGCAUUAAGCGAAAUUAAUGCAGGUACAUCACUGAAAGCAAAACACUGGAGGAAACUGUGUGCAUUCUCUGAUAUGUACGUGCAAAGGUGGUUCCACAUUGGAAAGGCCCUGCGUUGGCUACAAGCAAUGAAGUACUGAAAGAAAGCCCUCCAGAUAACUGUCCAAACCAUCAAGAGCUGCUUGUCAAACAAGCUGCCUUAAACCUGUGUUGAUUGUUAUCAGUCUUAUUUUAUAUGUCACUGCAAAUAAACUAUGUGCUGGAAAGCA